UUCUGUCUCGUGCGACAAGGUCGAACCAGCUCCCCUCUCCCCGUGACCGUUCGUUGGGUGGGCGGUGCUAGUUUGGCUGCACUGUCCACCGUCGAGUAGACCUCACCGGCGUCGGGGGAGUAUAUUUGAGGAGAAUCGUAACAACAGGAAAAAAAAAGGGCUGUACACAGCACUGAAAUCAGCCAUGAAUCACCUGAGAACAUUGACUGCAAAAUUUAAACCACAGACUGUCAAGCGAUUAACUCGGCACCAUGUAGUCAUGACGUCGAUAUUCCAAACUAGGCUUUACAGUGUAUCUGGAACUCCAGAACCUUUCCUCAAUGGAAAUCAUUCAAGUUAUCUUGAGGAAAUGUAUUGUGCUUGGCGUGCAAAUCCAAAAAGUGUUCAUGAGUCCUGGGAUAAGUUUUUCCAAACUUUCAAUGCAAGUGAACCUUUAGACUUGUUGAACAAUCCAUUGGGAAGCCUGCCAGCUGCAGCUCAGAGCCAAAACAGAACGCAGACAUCUGCUCAAGCUUCAAAGGUGGUUGCAGAUCACCUAGCUGUACAGACUUUGAUUAGAACAUAUCAAAUCCGCGGACAUCAUGUUGCUCAGCUGGAUCCGUUGGGAAUUCUGGAUGCAGACUUGGACUCAAGUAUUCCAUCUGAUCUUAUCACUUCAAUGGAUAAACUAGGUAUUUAUGGACUGGAUGAGUCCGAUUUGGAUAAGGUUUUUCGAUUACCCAUGACAACCUUCAUUGGAGGAAGUGAAUCUGCAAUUUCGUUGCGUGAAAUCCUAAAACGUUUAGAGAACGCUUACUGCAGACACAUUGGUUUGGAAUUCAUGUUUAUAAAUGAUGUGGAACAAUGCCAAUGGAUCAGACAGAAGUUUGAAACUCCAGAUAUCUUAAAAUUUACUAACCAGGAGAAAAAAAGGCUGUUGGCUCGGCUGGUCCGUUCAACAAGGUUUGAAGAAUUUCUUGCAAGAAAAUGGUCUUCUGAGAAGCGGUUUGGUGUGGAAGGAUGUGAGGUGUUAAUUCCAGCUUUGAAGACCAUCAUUGAUGUUUCUAUUUCCAAGGGGAUAGACAAUGUAAUUAUGGGAAUGCCACACAGAGGCCGGUUAAAUGUGUUGGCCAAUGUAAUCCGGAAGGAUUUAGAGCAAAUUUUCUGCCAGUUUGAUCCAAAGCUGGAAGCUUCUGAGGAGGGAUCAGGAGACGUUAAGUAUCAUCUCGGGGUUUACCAUGAAAGGAUCAACCGAACAAAUAAUAAACACAUUACCAUGUCGCUUAUGGCAAAUCCAUCACACCUUGAAGCAGUGAAUCCAGUCGUACAGGGAAAAACCAAAGCAGUGCAGUUCUACCGUGGAGACACCACAGGCAAAACGGCUAUGUCCAUCCUUCUGCAUGGUGAUGCUGCUUUUGCAGGGCAGGGUAUUGUGUAUGAAACAUUUCAUCUCAGUGACCUCCCAUCCUACACUACACAUGGUACUAUCCAUGUUGUUGUUAAUAAUCAGAUUGGGUUUACUACAGAUCCUCGCAUGGCCCGCUCAUCUCCGUACCCGACUGAUGUUGCACGUGUUGUGAAUGCGCCUAUCUUUCAUGUAAAUAGUGAUGACCCAGAAGCAGUGAUAUAUGUCUGUAAAGUAGCUGCAGAGUGGAGGAGCACAUUCAAUAAGGAUGUUGUAAUUGAUCUGGUUUGCUAUCGUAAAAGAGGACACAAUGAAAUGGAUGAACCAAUGUUCACACAGCCACUGAUGUACAAGCAGGUCCAACAGCAAGUACCUGUUCUGAAGAAAUAUGCAGAUAAAUUGAUGUCUGAAGGAGUUCUGACACUGCAGGAGUAUGAGGAGGAAGUAGCAGUCUAUGAUAGAAUUUGUGAGGAAGCCUUUACCAGAGCAAAGGAUGAGAAAAUUCUUGAAAUUAAAGAAUGGCUUGAUUCCCCUUGGCCAGGGUUCUUUACUCAAAGUGGAGAGCCAAAGAGUUUGACUUGUGCCCCCACUGGUGUUUCUGCCGAAAUCCUCCAACAUAUUGGGAAUGGAGCUAGCUCAGUGCCUGUGGAAGAUUUUACCAUUCAUUCAGGCUUGUCUCGUAUCCUGAGGGGGCGAGCGGAAUUGGUCAAGAAUCAAAUAGUUGAUUGGGCACUGGCAGAGUAUAUGGCAUUUGGUUCUUUGCUGAAAGAAGGAAUAUAUGUAAGGCUAAGUGGACAAGAUGUUGAACGAGGCACCUUCAGCCAUCGUCAUCAUGUAUUACAUGAUCAAGAUGAAGAUAAAAAGACUUGUGUUCCCAUGAACCAUUUGUGGCCAGACCAAGCGCCUUACACUGUUUGCAACAGUUCACUUUCUGAGUUUGGUGUCUUAGGUUUUGAACUUGGAUUCGCAAUGGCUAAUCCUAACGCUUUGGUUUGUUGGGAGGCUCAGUUUGGUGACUUUAACAAUACUGCACAAUGCAUUCUGGAUCAGUUCAUUAGCUCAGGCCAAACAAAGUGGGUUAGACACAAUGGAAUUGUGCUGCUUCUGCCUCAUGGAAUGGAGGGAAUGGGUCCAGAACACUCCUCAGCCAGACCAGAACGAUUCCUACAGAUGUGCAAUGAAGAUUCAGAUGUAUAUCCUGAAUAUACUGAAGAUUUUGAAGUAAACCAACUGUUUGACUGCAAUUGGAUUAUAGUAAACUGCUCCACUCCAGCAAACUACUUUCACGUGUUGAGGAGACAGAUUCUGCUACCAUUUAGAAAGCCGUUAAUAAUCCUCACGCCAAAAUCCCUGCUCAGACAUCCGGAAGCCAGAUCCCAUUUUGAUGAAAUGAAAACAGGCACAUCAUUCCAACAUAUCAUUCCUGACGAAGGGCUAGCAGCUCAAAAUCCACAUGAUGUGAAAAGGCUGAUUUUCUGCACAGGCAAAGUUUACUAUGAGCUUGCAAAAGAAAGGAUAAACAGAAAAAUGGAGAAGGAAGUGGCUAUUAUUAGGUUGGAACAGAUAUCACCAUUCCCCUUUGAUCUGCUAAGAGUGGAAAUUGACAAAUAUCCUAAUGCUGAGCUCAUUUGGUGCCAAGAAGAGCACAAAAACAUAGGCUACUAUGACUAUGUGAGGCCUCGUUUCAGAGUGACAGUACAGUUCAAAAGGCCUAUUUGGUAUGUUGGACGUGACCCUUCAGCAGCCCCAGCCACAGGUAAUAAGAACACUCACCUCACAGAGCUGCAGGACAUGUUGGACGUGUCUUUUAAUCUUCAAGCUUUUGAGGACUUGACAUUUUAGACUGUAUGGACACACAGUUGGCUGUCAAUCUAGUGAGAUGCACUUCUUAAACUGCUGAGAAAUACCACCCAAACGAUCUGUUCAUUUCUCAUGUUUUCCCCAUCUCUAUCAUUUAUCACAUAAAUAAGGUCUUAUGUAUGUUUUUUGAUGGGUUUGUUUACAAGUAAACUGGCUAUUUUAGACGCUAUUUUUCAGGCAGUAAUGCUCAAAUAAAAUGUGAACAUGCAAGUUGAGAAUGAUAAGAAAAAUAUACUGUUCAGUCAUUUUAUGCAUUAUAAUCACUUUUGUUCAGGCAAGGUUUAAAAAAAAUGUACUGAGGUGCUUCUUCAGUUUUCCCCCUUUAUUAUUUUGCAAAGCGUACAUUUUUGUGGUACUUAAUGUAAUAAAGCAUUUUAAUAUGACUGCUCGGUUUUCUUGUCAAAUAAAGUACAUUUAAUUGCGUUUGUGAUUAAGAAAGAAAAAAGACACUUCAUAAAUUGUCGAUUCAUGAUGAACAAAAGUCAAUUACAGUAGUUAGUUCCUCACUAAAUACCAUGACAGGGACAGUUAGAAAACACUCAGUGAAUCACAAUUAGAACAUUAGUCAAUACACAAUGAGAAGCACUGACUUGAUGUGUAAUCCUAUAGGUUCCUAACUUUUGUUAUUGAUUUUAUUAAUCUAUAAGCAAAAGAAGUAUUUUCUCCUGAGAGGGAUGAGAAUUUUUAGGAAAAAUAGGGCAGGAAAAUUUACACUACACCAGUCUGUAAAGGAUUAUUUCUGUAGAAGAUAAUCAUCCUACACCAUGUCCCUACUCACUACCACCCCAGCCAGCCAGGAAAUAGAUUGGCACCAUGCAGUAAGCUUUCAGGAUUCAGCUUUCACCAGUAGAAAUGUAUAUUGAGAGAAUAUCAUUCCCUGAAAUUGUGAAUUAAUGUUUGUUCUGCAAAUGAGGUUCAUCUGACAUAUAGUAAAAUCAAAAAUAUUCAAGAUCGCCUUUGCUUAUGGAAGAAAUUCAGUAUUAGAUUUUUCACUAGCCAACUUUCUAUUUAAUUUUUUUUAUACAAAACUGUUUGAAUAAGCUUUUUUCCUGUCAAAAAAGGUCAAAAUAGCAAUAGAAAAUGGCUGAUAGAAAAUAGAAAAUUUCUGCUCAUUUCACCAGUGAGGCACUGAUAUUGUCUCAUUAAUAUACAAAAUAUCUUGGACUUGUAUUUAAACUUGGUUAAACCAUGUAAUGUGUAAAUCUGGGAACUUAAUUUCUAAAGUCAUUAGAACACAUUUGAACUAUUAUGUUUUGAGAUUCAACCCAAAUUGAAGUACUUGGAGAGGCGAAUUCGAGAACCUGCAUGUAGAUCCAUCAUUUUUCCUCUUGUUAUUGUGGCUGUGAUGAUACUAUGGCUUUAAAAGAUGUAUUUUGUCCUGUUUGUUUUGUGAAGAAAGGUUGAGACUGAGGUAUUAAGUAGUCUGCUCAAAGCCAAUAAAGUAAACAGCUUAUGAUGCCCUGGGGUUGAAGCAAUAGAGGAUGGAGGGUUGUUUUAUGGACUGAAGGCCUGUGACCAGCGGUGUUCCACAGGGAUUGGUGUUGGGCCCAUUUUUUCCUCAUUUAUGUGAGGAAUUGCGUUGUAAUAAACAACAAAGCAAAGACUUACACGAUUAAAAGUAGGACCUUGGGUCCUGAUAUAGAACAGAGAGACCUCAAGGUUCAGAUACAUGAUUCUUUGAGGUUUGCAUAUGUAUCAGUAGGGUGGUUAAAGAAGGUGUUUAGCAUGCUUGCCUUCAUUACUUAGACCAUUGAGUAAAGCAGUUGGGACAUUAUGUUGAUGUUGUACAGGACAUUGGUGAGGCCUCUUCUGAAGUACUGCAUCCAGUUCUAGUCUCCCCAUUACUGGAAGGAUAUUAUUAAGCUAGAGAAGGUUCAGAAGAGAUCUAUCAGGAUGUUGCUGGAAAUGGAGAGUUUGAGUUAUAAAGAGAGGCUUGAUAGGCUGGGACUUGUUUUACAGGAGCAUAGGAGGUUAAGAGGUGACCUUAUAGAGGUUUAUGAAAUAAUGAGGGGUAGAGAUAAGGUGAAUGGCAGGUUUUUUUUCCCCUAGGGCACGUGAUUUCAAAAUUAGGGGUCAUAUUUUUAAGGUGAGAGAAGACAGAUUUUUAAAAAAUAUGAGGAGUAAUUUUUUACACAGUGAGUGGUUCAUGAAUAGAAUGAACUUCAAGAGGAAAUGGUGGAUGUGGGUACAGUUACAAUAUGUAAGGACAUUUAGAUAAGUAGGUGAAUAAGAAAGGUUUGAAGAGAUAGCGGCCAGGCACAGGCAGGUGGGGCUAGUUUAGAAUUAUGGUCAGCAUGGAUCGAUUAGACUGAAGGGUCUGUUUCCAUGCUGUGUGACUCUGAUUCUAUAACAAUAGAAGCAGCCUGAAUGGGUGGGAUCAAGCUUACACAGAACCAGAAUUUUUAGUUUUAGCUUUUUGCAGUUGCUGGAGUCUUGAAGCUGGAUAUGGAAGGUCUUAUUCCUCUCUCUGUUGAAACUAAAAGCUGAGGUUCUCUUCCUACUGCUAGAAUUGUACAUGCGACAAUCUAUUUUAUUGAAUUUGUCUUUGCCAAGGUUGUGUUUAUGGGAAGUUACUA